AUGCAAAGGCUGGUCAAGAACUUCAGCAAAAUGGCUCUUCCCGCACGAUAUCUGCCCCCGGUUCACCGGGGUAUUACACAACUUGACAAAUCUGUGUUCACGAGAUCCAUUCCUUUGGUCGUUGUAAGCUUCCCAGACCCCCGCAACAUCUCAGUGUUCUCUAAACGUUUCAAAGAUGAGAUCCUACGUGUUCCACGCGUUCCGCAUGUCGUCAGACUGGUGGACAGCCCCGCGCGCGUGGACGGGCUGCCCCCGCUCAAGAAGCAGAUGGUAGCGAACGACAAUCACGUGGCCAAGGGCGUGCUACUCAAAGACUCGGUCCAUCGCGUGGAAGACGUGAAGCAGCAGCUGUCGGCGGACGCUCAGGCCUUCCUCGAUGAGUGUGGCGCCGCAGUGCGCGACUACAACUACACGCUGGACUACGAAUUCUACCACGCAGAUGAAAUCCUGCGCUCGGUGCUGCCAGAAGAGUUCCUGGACGAGGUGCCCUCGGGGUUCACGGCCACCGGGCACGUGGCGCACGUGAACCUGCGAACGGAGCUCAAGCCGUAUGGCUCGCUCAUUGGCCAGGUGAUCCUGGACAAGAACCGCCAGAUCGAAACGGUCGUCGACAAGGUGGACGCGAUCGCAUCACAGUUCCGCACGUUCCAGAUGAACGUGCUGGCCGGCCGUCCGGACCUCGUGGUCUCGCAGCGCGAGUCCAACUGCACCUUCACGUUCGACUUCAGCAAGGUGUACUGGAACUCGCGCCUGCACACCGAGCACGAACGUCUGGUCCGCCUGUUCGAGCCGGGCCAGCUUGUUGCAGACGUGUUCGCGGGCGUAGGGCCGUUCGCGAUCCCCGCAGCCAAAAAGGAAGUCCUUGUGCUGGCAAACGAUCUCAAUCCUGAGUCAUUCCGCUAUCUGCGCGAUAACAUAGCCGCCAACAAGGUGGACGGCUUUGUGCGCCCGAAAAACCUGGACGGGCGCGAGUUUAUCAGAAGCUCGCCCGCUUUGCUCCGCGAUUGGACGGCACAAACAGGAGGAUCUGUGACGGUUGCGCCCGCGCGCCGCCGCCGCGGCGCCCCCCCGGCGCCACCGCGCAUCGUCACGCUCCCUCGCUAUUUCCACCACUACGUCAUGAACCUGCCCGACAGCGCGCUUUCCUUUCUCAACGAAUUCGCCGGGCUGUACUCGCGCCACGGCAUCUCCGAGGACGCCGCUGCCGACCCAGCAUUCGUGCUGCCCUACAUCCACUGUCACUGUUUCGAGAAAUACAGCCCCGACGAGCCCGAGCCCGCGCCAGCAGACCUGCACGCCCGCAUACACCGCCGUGUGCUCGAGAUAAUGCACACCAGCGCAGACAUCCUGCCGAUGACUGCGCUGUCGUUCCACCUCGUGCGCAAAGUGGCACCUACGAAGCCCAUGUUCUGCGUGACAUUCCAGCUACCCCAGAGCAUAGCCUUCAGCCCCCUAGCAACCACUACAUAG